AUGCGACACAGCGAAAAUACACAAGCUUCUGUUGGCGAAUCCACCAUGUCUGACUUCGACCCGGAGAACGAAGCACUUGUUUCAACGCGACAACUCGAUCGUAGCCAGGAGCUACCAAAUCUUCCAGCAUCCUUCCGACGACCAAGCACGGCAGGAAAAAGCCCUUCUCCACGUCUUGAUCCCGAGUAUACAAUCGACACAUCUGCUAUCAACCGUGCCUUUCCUGAAUUCUCCGAUGUCGAAUCGUCUCCUGACGACGAGACCGAAGAUGACUUUUCAAUCGAAAUUGGGCGAGGUGUGAAGAGCUCUGGUCGCAUUAGACGCGACGAUUCGCGCAACUCGAUGAUGAGCAUUGAAAAUAGCGUUCGCUCGUCUUCGCCGGCUAUCAGGCUUGAUUMCCCUGCCACAAGCACCCCACCCAAAUCAGCAAUGCGGAGCUCUUCAAAGCGAGCAGUCGCUGGAGAUACCCUACGCAAGGAUGCUCAGAUACGACGCGCGAGCCAGAUGCAAAAGGAAAACAUCGAUCCCCAGCCGCAAGCCAGUCGUUCCAAGAACAUGACUCGCUCUACUGAACCUCGUCAUACAUUAGCUGAAAUGCACGUUAGAGCACGAGAAACAUAUGAUGGAUCAUAUAUUAGCGACGAGAGACCUCAAAACGCUCCCGUCAACGCACGAACCACUCGGUUCGGAAAUGUCUCGGCUCAAGUUGCAGCCGCUAUGGAAUCAGCGUCGCGUAACACGCAGGCUAGCAACCCCCGCCGUGGCAAGCGUGAUCCUGCGCCGAACCCUACAUUUACUCUAGAUACCGUCACCAAUGGGUCAAUUUUGCUUCCAGACUUGCCGAACAUUUCGGAGCUAGUAUCCGGCGUCUAUGAAGAUGGGACUCCAGUUUUCACUCGUCAGACUAGGCCCCGUACAACACGAUUUGUCUCUCCUCCCGCUGAAGACAUGGAUCUAUCUCAGCCUCGUGGCCAUCUUCCAUUGAAAAAUGUGCCUAUCCCCGAGGAUGAAAAGGCUAUCUUCGUUUCCCUGAAGCUCUUGCAGGACAAGGUCGCGGACUUGGAAUUAGCAAGAUCUGAGGCAGAAAAGGAACUUGAAGACGCCCGCGAGGAGAACCAUCUUCUAAAAGCCGAAAAGUCGCGUCGGCAAAAGGAACAAUACGAUCGUCUCAAGUUAUUUGGAGGUGAGGAUGGCGAGCAACCUAGAGGCAGCACUAAACUACUGCAAGACAAGAACAGACUUGAAGCGAUGAAUUUGGCUUUGCAAAACAGGCUUGAUAUCGCUGAUAGAAAGGUUCAAGUCCAUGAAUCAGCAUUGAAGUCCCUGGCCCAAGAGCGGGAUUCUGCUGUGACACAGUUGGGGGUGGCUUAUUUGAAUACACAAGAAACAAAGCGAGAGAAUGAAGCUUUGAGGAAGGAAAACACGGAACUCAGGGCCCAGGUCAAAAAGUUGACUACGCUGACUCGGGAACUGAUCGGAAACGAGACCAACACACACCAAUCGCUUCCCAAGGAUCAACUAGAAACAGACCAUAUCACCAUGAGUACUGAUCCCAACGAAGGCAAUACGCAGAAGACAUCUGGGUCAAUGCGUGCUCGGCGCCAAACCAAGGAACAAGCCGUGCGCAUGAUCAAUGCUCCAAAAGACGAUCCUGAAAGCAGGGUGCUCGAGAGGGUGGAGAAGGAGAUAUCGAGACUAGAGAAACAACGUCAAGAUGAUGAACUAUUUUCUCUCAACCUGUCAAGGCCUACGACAGCAAAUUUGGAGUCCGCCACAAAAUCGACGAUGCCUUACAAAUCAGGAGAGGCCGAAAAUAGCAGGAAGGUACCCAACACCGGAAAGCAACGCAUCAAGCGCGUCAUUCUCGAGGAGGCCGACACCACAGAAAACUUCACCGAAGACCUUCGAGAAGAAACCAAGAAUCAUACCGGCGCUGCACAGGACUUUACAUUGCUGAGUUUCAUUGAUGAUCGAGAGAUUGCUAAACUACGCAGGCGGCUUGAAAUUGAAAGAGCUACACGCAAACAAAAUAAAUCGUUACCCGCAAGAGAGCAACCCUCAAUUACUUCUACAGCCAAGCGUGUAGCUUCAGAACCCCCGCGCAAGUCAUCGUUGAAAGAGCCUAAGGAGCCUGUUGUUCGCCCAUCCUCCGCGCUUGGUGAGGCUGUCGCAACUUCUAGACCCGAUCAAGAUGAUCUCGGCGAGGGUCCAUCUGGACGUCGCCGACGCCACUCUGACCACUCUUUUCAGAGUCAGAAUCGGCGAAAGAAAUUGAUCCCCGAUCUGACUUCGGCUUUCAUUCUCCCAGACAUCACUCUCCGCUACGCUGAAACUGCCAGAGAGCCGAUUCGUCUCUCAGAGUCUGCCCAGAAAGUUCUUGAUAGCGUUGCUGGUCACGAUGGCAGAAAUUGUACAGUUUGCAAGCGUCUUUUGCUGGAAGGAGUGACCCACAAUCAUGAUGAUGUUCACGUUACUGUACCAAAGCCAAUCCCAGUCUCUGAGCGUAUGCCCGAGCCAACUAUCUACAAUGAUGAACCAACUCUUCGUCCGUCUCGACCACCAGCAGAAGCGCUAGCUACUGUUCUCAAGAGUCUUGAGGACGAACUUUCCCAUCUUAAAAUGCAGUUGGCCGUAGCACAGCAGGCCUUUUCGAAGCACGACGCGUCUCUCGGCAAGCGACAGAGGAAGUCACUAAGCACCAAGAUCGAAAAGCUACUAAAAGAUAUUGAUACCAAAGCAGAUCAGAUAUAUGCAUUGUAUGACGUUCUCGAAGGACAAAAGCAAGACGGCCACGAAAUGACUGAAAAAGAAAUGGAGGUUACUCUACAGUCUAUUGGAAUUGAUGUUCAGGGCGUAGCCAGGCUCGCCGAUUUGACGGGCGCCAGUGACCAGUCGCUCCGUCGCAAAACAGUACACAACGUCAAGGACUUUGACGAUGAAGACGACGAGGAAUUGCCAUGGGAGGGAUUCGAGAGCACUGCCGAGAUGACGGGCCGUCAUACUUCACGCUCAAACUUUUAA